AGAAUUCAUUCCCCCCAGUUUCAAGCAAAGGACCAAUUUGCCCUAUAAAAGACCUUGGACUCGCGAGAAAUUCAAAAAAUGCCUCUUCCAGCAGACGAGCACGUGGUGGAGACUAGUAAAGGGCUGGUUGACACCCUUCACGGAAUCUUUGGUCCUCAUCCUGGAUUCCGCCCCGCCCACGCAAAGGGUAUCCUUCUCAAGGGCACCUUUACACCAACGGCAGAGGCGGGCAAACUCUCCAUGGCACAGCAUUUUAACGAGCCUUCGACCCCAGUCAUCGCUCGGUUCUCCAACUCGACCGGUCUGCCCGACGUCUCUGACGCCUCGCCUAACGCCCAGCCCAAUGGCUUUGCACUUCGCUUCCAGCUCGCCUCGCACCCGCGGCGCAAGCACACGGACAUCAUCGGCCACAGCGUCGACGGCUUCCCCGGCUCCAACGGUGACGAGGCCCUCGCCUUCUUCCGGGCGCUAAAGGACGGCGAGAUUGAGUCGUACCUGGGCACACACCCCAAGGCGCUGGCUUUCGUGCAGGCGCCCAAGCCGUUCCCGGAGAGCUUCGCGACCCAGCGCUUCUUCUCGGUCAACGCGUUCAAGCUGGUCGACGCGGGCGGGAAGGGUACGUUUGUGCGCUACAGGAUCGAGCCCGCAGUGGGCCUCAAGACGCUGAGCGCCGAGGAAGUGGCCUCGAAGGCGGAAGACUACCUGUUCAGCGAGGUCCCCAGGCUGCUGGGGACUGGCCCUAUCAAGUUCAGGCUGACAGUGCAGGUGGCGGAGGAAGGGGAUGUGACGGAUGACUGCUGUGUUCACUGGCCAGAGGAGAGGCAGGUGGUAGAGCUCGGGACGAUCAACCUGGAGGGGCUGGUGGAGGAUGAUGCGGCGGAGCAGAAGCAGAUCAUCUUCGAUCCGAUCCCGAGAGAUGUCCCGGGCGUCGAGCCCUCAGGUGACCCUCUGCUGGACGUCAGGGCUGCCAUGUAUCUCAUCAGCGGGCGAGAGCGUCGUGCUGCCUGAUUUUCUGUCGUCCAAAGCCAUUCUGGCUGCGUGGCCCUUGUUUUAUUUGUUGCGCAGUUAUCGACUGCUGAACAAUUAGAUCAACUUCAACCCUG